AUGCCAACCGCUUCUAAGCCGAUCCGGGAGCUGGCCGAUGUGCCCAUACACACACUGCUACUGAGGACCUACCUGCAGCUCCUGCACAGCCGGCCUGUCCUCACUAAGGCACUGACCAGUGGAAUUCUGUCUGCUUUGGGUAACCUGCUUUCACAGAACAUAGAGCAGAGGCGCAAAAGUAAAUCUUCAGCUAGAAAUGUGGACCUGGUCGCACUUCUUCGUUUUGCUGCCUAUGGAUUGUUUUUCACAGGUCCUCUAUCUCACUACUUCUACCUGUUCCUGGAAAAAGUGGUCCCCUCAUCUGCACCAAUGGCAGGUCUUCGCCGCCUACUGUUGGAACGUCUAAUAAUCGCUCCAGCCUUUUUAUUUCUGUUUUUCAUUGUGAUGAACUUCCUGGAAGGCAAAGACCUGAACUCUCUUAAUAAGAAACUGAAGGACAGUUACUGGUCAGCUCUGAAAAUGAACUGGAAGGUCUGGACACCUUUUCAAUUCAUCAAUGUGAACUACAUUCCUGUAGAGUUUCGAGUGUUGUUUGCCAACCUGGUGGCCUUCUUCUGGUAUACAUAUCUGUCAAAAACCAGAAAAUGA